AUGCAGUCUGCUAACAUGCUUCUGAAAAAAAUUGUAAGAAGUUCUGUCCUUCCAUUUGCUGCACAACAUGGGAUGAAAAAGGAUUUGUUUCCACUCAGUAGGACUCUGAGUUUAUCACUUUGCCUGAAGCAGGACAAUUCAUGCAAUCCCUCAGAAAAAUUAGAUUUAGAUGCAUGGAAGAAGGUAAUGAAGUCUGGGUUGCAAGAGGAAGUCCGUGAGACAGUAUCUGAGCGUAAGGAACUUCCCUCUUUGGCUGCUGCACGUGAGCUUUUGGAGAUGUGGAGGCUAGCUGGGAGAUCAGUCCCAGAAAAUAUCAGUGAAGAACAGCUAAAAACCUUUAUGGAAUGUCCUUCCAAGUCAGCCAAAAAGAAGUAUUUAAAAUACUUGCAUCUCAAAGAACUUUACAAGAAAAAUGACAAGAGAAAGAUGGAUGAGAAAAGGGAAAGGAGGCUGGCAGCACAAGAAGAAGGUUCAGAAACUGAUAAGAUCAAAAAUACUUCAUUCAUAUGUUUGUGGGCCAGCUCUAUGGAUAGAGCGUACAACUGGAGGGUUGCUCAGUCUAUGAUCUUUGGCCAACCUCUAGUAUUUGACAUGUCUUACGAAAAAGACAUGUCCGUCCGAGAAGUUGUAAACACAGUGAGACAGAUAGUGCUAAGUGAAGGUAGCAAUCGAAGAUCUGCAGAUCCGUUCCACAUCCACUUCUGUAACUUGAAAGACGACAGUCUCUACCGCCAGGAAUUUGUCAAGCAUUACAGAGAGGCGUGGGACAGACUGCUCAUAACUGCAACUGACCAGUGCUACACACAGAUCUUUCCAAAGGAUAAGCUCGUCUAUCUAACUGCUGAUUCUCCCAAAGUAAUGAAAACAUUUGAUCAUGAUAAAAUUUAUAUUAUUGGGUCAAUGGUUGACAAGAGCAUAAAAAAAGGCGUCUCCUUAGCACAGGCAAAGCGACUGGGGCUGGAGACCGCGGCCCUUCCAUUGGAGAAGUACCUGCUUUGGAAUAGUGGUGGCAAAAAUCUCACACUGGAUCAAAUGAUGCAUAUUUUACUAACCUUGAAAGAUACUGGAGACUGGAAGAAGGCUCUGGAAUUUGUUCCGAAAAGGAAAUAUUGUGGCUUUGUAAGCAAACCUAUGCAUGAACUGAAAAAAAGCUUAAACCUAAUCAACACACUUAAACUUGGAAAGAGGCAGGAAGAAGUUCGGAAGGAGUUUGCCAAGAACUACUUUAAGAAGCUAAGGCAAAAGUAG